AAAUGUCGUUAUGCCGUAUAUGUCGUUAGCAAUUCAAAAAUAUUUUGUUAAACCCACUCCAAAAUUUGAGGUUGCAACAGCUUGGAACUCAGGCAUGGCUACUCCCAUCCAAGGAGGCAUCAUUGGUAUCCCAGAUGGCCCGACGAUUGCAAUGGAAGCGCUGGGCACAGGCUCUUGACCGGUUCCACCAGGCUGCCUUCAGUCCAAAGUAUCUCCUCUAUACGAACAUCGGGAUCUCCGUGGGCCUGAGCAUGGUGGGCGACACCAUGGAGCAGAGCUACGAACGCUUUAUAGGGGAGCUUCCGGGGUGGAACCGGAUACGAACCCUGCGGAUGGGCAUUUCCGGUUUCACCGUGGGCGUGGUGUGCCACUAUUGGUACCAGUACCUGGACUACCUGUACCCCCAUCGCACCUAUAAGGUGGUCAUCAUCAAGAUCCUGCUGGACCAGUUCAUCUGCUCGCCCUUCUACAUCGCCGUGUUUUUCCUCACCAUGGCCAUUCUGGAGGACAAUACGUGGGCGGAGCUGAGGCAGGAGAUCAAGGAUAAGGCCCCUAUCCUAUAUGCUGCCGAAUGGACUGUGUGGCCCUUGGCGCAGUUCAUCAACUUCCUGCUGAUUAGACCACAGUACAGGGUGUUCUACGAUAACACCAUUAGUCUGGGGUACGACAUCUUUACCUCCCAGGUGAAAUAUCGCAAGAAGCCGGAGCCCAAAACAGAGUAAUAUUUUAAGGAGUAUAUUCAAAAUCUUAAUUUAUAGCUAAGCAUUAAAUUCCAAAAGUAUUAUAUACA